UAAUUUCCUUUCCUAGCUGAGGGAGUGACAUGAUCAAACACUUAGUCAACUUCUAUUUUUCUUUAGCUGUGUUUGAUUUGGACGCAAAGGUCUGGAAAAUGCAUGCUUGCUAUUUAAUGGAAAUUUUGUCCGUUUAUCUGCUUGGACUAUUGCACCUUCAUGCAUUCAAUUUUGAUGCAGAAAACCCAAUCAUUUAUUCGGGGCCUGAAGGAAGCUAUUUUGGAUUUUCUGUCGAGUUCUACUUGCCAGAUGGUGGGAAUCCAGGUGUGCUGAUUGGUGCCCCCAAGGCAAAUACUACACAAGAAAACAUAAUAGAAGGUGGAGCAGUGUUUCUCUGUCCUUGGUCAAGUAAUGGAAAUCACUGCAACAUAAUACCAUUCGACACGGAGGGUAACCGACAUAUUCACAAUGUCAUAGAAGAAAUGAAAGAUUACAAAUCCCAUCAAUGGUUUGGGGCUACAGUCAAAUCACUCAAGGACCAAGUUUUGGCCUGUGCUCCAUUGUACCACUGGAAAUAUUCACGGACCAUCAACUCCAAGGUCGAGACUGGUGGAGUGACGCCAGUGGGCACGUGCCGAAUAGCAGUUCAAAACUUCAGGAGCUACGCAGAAUAUUCACCCUGUCGUUCCAAUAUUUUGCAAUGGCAGCUUAAUAUAUCAAACAUCCCAGAUCAGCGUUUUUGUGAAGCCGGCUGGAGCAGUGUAAUCACGGAGGCAGGAGACAUACUACUUGGUGCACCUGGCAGCUACUUCUGGCAAGGUCAGUUAUUUGCUACCAGCAACAUUGACAUGAUUGUUAAGGAUUACCAACGUGAUCAGCCUCUGAGACCACUAGGAUUAAAAAAAGAAACAAAAGAUGCCAGAGGGAAAAAAGAUAACCAUUUUGAAGGUUACUCACUCGCUAUGGGGGAAUUUACAGGAGACUCUGUUAAAGAUUAUCUUCUGGGAGCUCCCAGGGCAAAACACGCAUUGGGAUCGGUAAUUAUUGUAGAUUCUAUGACCAUGAUUAGCAAACAAACUAUUGCCGGCGAACAGGUAGCUGCGUAUUUCGGCUAUGUGGUGGCUGCCACAGAUAUAAACAGUGAUGGGAGAGACGAUAUCUUAGUCGGAGCGCCUCUAUUUAUGAACCUUGGACAGGAUGGCAAACAGCGUGAGGUCGGGCGGGUUUAUGUUUAUCUCCAAGAUCAGCUUGAAAACUUCAAGCAGCCAACACAGACCAUCACGGGAACUGAUAAGUUUGGGCGCUUUGGCAGUGCCAUCACCAUCCUUGGGGACCUUGACUCUGAUGGAUACAAGGAUGUGGCAAUCGGAGCACCAUAUGCUGGUGAAGAUGGCAAUGGAAGAGUGUUCAUUUACCUGGGCCAUGCUAAUGGACUGCUCUCAAAAUCUUACCAAGAGCUGAAGGGAACCUGGGCCCCUGGUUUAGUAUCAGCAGGAUUUGGCUUCUCGCUGCAAGGAGGCGCAGAUAUAGAUGCAAAUAACUACACCGAUUUGAUUGUUGGUGCUCAUGAUGUUGACAAAGUUCUACUGUACAGAGCAAGGCCUGUUAUAACAGCAGACGCCCAUAUCAUACUUGUGCCUGACAUUCUAAAUCCAGAAGAAAAAAAAUGUGUAUUGUCACAGAAAUCUACCUUAGUGACAUGUCUUGAAGUUCGGGUUUGUUUAAUGGUAAAAGGACAUGACAUUGGCCACCAAUAUGCUUUGAAUGGUCAAAUCGAGUUGGACAAAAAUAAGCAGCGUUCCCAGCGACGAAUCCUUUUCCUGCAAUCAUACCAAGCCCAGAAAAAUUUCCAGUUUUCUCUGACGAGAAAUAAACAAGCAGCCUGCCAAAAUUUCACUGCCUACCUCAGGCAAGAAACGGAGUUUAAAGACAAGCUCAGUCCGAUUGUUGUGACUGUGAACUGCAGUCUGUCUGAGGAGCAACAGCUGGGUUCUGGCAAACUGAAGCCAGUGCUGAGUCCCCGCAGUCAAACCUGGGUGACUAAAAAGACUCGCAUUCUUCUGGACUGUGGAAAUGAUGGAAUAUGCAUCCCAGAUCUCAAAUUAAAUGCAACAGUGUAAGUCUGUUUCAUGUUUCGGUUU